UGUGAUUCACCUGGUCCACUGGAACCGACAGCAUAAAGAUGAAGCCACGCUUUUAGCUUUCCAUGUUGCGUGUUUUGUUUUUUGUUUUUGUUUUUUUGUUGUUUGUUUUUGUCUCCGGUUGACUUGGCAAAAACAAUGCCUCCCAAAAAACGAGCAGCAGAGUCUCCUGAUCCUCAGCCUAGUUCAAACAGUGCUCCUGCAGAAGAGACGACCGGGAAGAAAAUAUCUGAUCCUGUGCUGGCGGUGCGCAAACUUACCCCUCAUCCAUCCACUGCGAUCAUGGUGAGAGAGUCGCUUAAAGCUUUGGAUUCACGCAAAGGGGUUUCCUCCCAGGCCAUACAGAGCUACAUAAAGCAAAAUUACCCCUCUGUGGAUCUGGUGAGACUGAAGCAUUUAGUCCGCAGAGCCUUGAAGAAAGGAAUAGAGAGCGGGACGCUGGUGAGGCCUGCCAACGCCAUCGUCACCACCGGCGCGCUGGGGAAAUUUAGGCUUGCACCAAAAGCUAAAGAGGUGAAGCUGAAAAAUGAGAACGGGGAUCCAAAUGUGCAAAAAGCUCCAAACGCGGCCAAAGAUGGAGCCAAGAAGACCCAGACAGCAGUUGCUGCCAAAAAGAAAAAAUCAGCUGAAAAGGCAAAGUCUGCAGAGAAACAAAAGUCUCCAAAAACCUCUGGGGAUGAGGUAGCUGCUCCUUCAAAAGUCUCUCCAGCAAAGAAGACGAAAGCUAAAAAAGCCGUGGCAACCGGUAGCGCUGACAGAAGCUCUGAUUCAACCAAAAAGACUGCAAAGCCAAAAGGGGCAAAUAAAGAAAAGAAGCCCCCACGCAAAGCUGCAAAGACUAGCAGUGAUGCUCCUGCUUCUAAAGCAGCUGGCAAACGAGUGAAGAAGACUGCAUAAAAUUAGGAGCCUGUAAUAUUUUAUAUUUUUGUUUGCAAUAAAACUAUAGUUUUAA